CGGCGCAGGGCUCUUAUUGCAUGUUGUGGCAAAAAAACAGAAACACGAUUCGGUGUUCUCGACUACGGAAAUUGUGAAUAAAAUUCGCUGCUAAAAUGCAUCCCGAUUUGACCGAAAGAAUUCUACAACAUUUGGAAAAUGUCGAUAAAGUCGAUACCCUCGACUUGGUGGAGGUAUUUGGUGUGGAUCAUCAAAAAAUCGUGGGUGCCUUAAAAUCAAUACAAGCGCAUGGUGAGUUGGUCAAUGCGGAGACAACGUCACGCAAAACAUUAGAAAUAACCGAAGAGGGACAAUUGGUAGUGGCCAAUGGCAGUCAUGAGGCUGUCCUCUAUAAUGCUGUACCAGCCGAGGGCAUAUCGCAAGCGGAACUAAUGAAAAGUGGUCCCAAUGCCAAGGUGGGUUUCAGUAAGGCCAUGUCUCAGGGUUGGAUUAUGGUAGAUAAAUCGGUAAAUCCUCCUUUAGUUAAACGCAAGGUGGAUAAAAUAGAAGAUACGGUACAACAAAAUCUGGUGGCCAUUGUAAAUGGUAAAACCGAUUUGGCCGCCAACUUGGUAACGGAAUACAAGAAACGUAAACUUUUGCAGGAGAUCACCACCAAAAGUUUCAUUUUAUCCAAGGGACCAGAAUUCGCUACCACUCUCACUAAAUUGGAAACAGAUUUGACAGUUGAUAUGUUGGCCUCCGGCCUGUGGAAAGACUUGAAAUUUAAAGCCUACAAUUUUGAUGCUCUAGGUGCUCCUCCUGCUCGUGGUCAUUUGCAUCCUUUGCUUAAAGUACGCACUGAAUUCAGACAAAUUUUCUUGGAAAUGGGUUUUUCGGAAAUGCCUACUAACAACUAUGUGGAAUCCUCCUUCUGGAACUUUGAUGCUCUAUUCCAGCCUCAACAGCAUCCUGCUCGUGAUGCCCACGACACUUUCUUUAUCAAUCAUCCCGCCAAAAGUUAUAAAUUUCCCCAAGACUAUUUGCAGCGUGUAAAAGAAGUACAUUCCAAGGGUGGUUAUGGUUCUCAAGGUUAUGGUUAUGACUGGAAAUUAGAGGAGGCUCAAAAGAAUCUUUUGCGUACCCAUACUACAGCAGUGAGUGCCCGCAUGUUAUAUAAGCUGGCCAAUCAACCAGAAGGCUUUAAGCCCGCCAAAUAUUUCAGUAUCGACAAAGUGUUCCGUAAUGAAACAUUGGAUGCCACUCAUUUGGCCGAGUUCCAUCAGGUGGAGGGUGUUAUAGCCGAUGUGGGUCUAACAUUGGGUGAUUUGAUUGGUACCCUCUAUGAAUUCUUCCGCAAAUUGGGCAUUACUCAAUUAGAAUUUAAGCCCGCCUAUAAUCCCUACACUGAACCCAGUAUGGAAAUUUUCUGUUUCCAUCCAGGUCUCAACAAGUGGAUUGAGGUCGGCAAUUCGGGAGUUUUCCGUCCGGAAAUGUUGCUGCCCAUGGGUUUGCCGGAGAAUGUCAAUGUCAUUGCCUGGGGUUUGUCUUUGGAACGACCCACUAUGAUUAAGUAUGGCAUUAAUAAUAUCAGAGAUUUGGUGGGCCCUAAGGUGGAUUUGAAAAUGGUGGAAGAGGGUCCUAUUUGUCGUUUGGAAAAGGCUUGAGUAUAGAGUAAUGUGCUUAAAAUCUAUUAAAUAUUUAUUAAAAAAUGUAUGUGCGAAUAAGUCGUCUAAAAAUUUA